CUCCUGAACCCAAUUCUCCGACCACCCACCACCCAUGUCGUCGCUUUAAAGCUAUUCCGCAUUACUUAGUCUCGGGCGCAACUACCUAUCCGUACAUCUGCUGCAUCUUAUCUCGUCUUGGAUAACAGCAUUUAGACCAUCAUGGCCGGCCCCCCCCGGCCUGCCUCAGGGCUGCCGACAAGACGAACAGCGACGCGCCCAACCUCAAGAAGACUCGGCUCUUCGAUGACAACCGCAGAAAGGGCGGCAUCCCCAGCCAUUGCGUCCAAGGUGCCCUCAUCCAGUGCAUCGCGUGCCACGAAAUCGCCGGCCGAACCCGCCAGUAUCACUGCAAAACGAAAAGAAAGAGACUUUGAGCGCGAGAUCAACGAAGAUACGAGUAUCCAUGUCGUUGUCCGAUGCAGAGGCCGGAACGACCGAGAAAUCAAGGAGAACAGUGGGGUUGUUGUGUCGACUGAAGGCGCCAAAGGAAAGACCGUGGAAUUGUCGAUGGGUCCCAAUGCAUUGGCCAACAAGACCUACACCUUCGAUAAGGUCUUCUCAGCGGCUGCCGAUCAAAUCACCGUCUAUGAAGAUGUCGUCAUCCCGAUUGUCAAUGAGAUGCUCGCUGGCUACAACUGCACAAUUUUUGCAUACGGACAGACAGGCACCGGAAAGACGUAUACAAUGUCCGGCGACAUGACGGACACUUUGGGAAUACUAUCCGACAAUGCCGGCAUUAUACCCCGUGUGCUUUACUCUCUUUUCCACAAAUUACAGGACACUGAGAGCACCGUUAAGUGCUCUUUCAUUGAACUGUACAACGAAGAGCUGCGCGACCUCCUCUCCGUCGAAGAGAACCCCAGACUGAAGAUCUUCGAGAACGAGUCACGGAAAGGCCACAGUGGAAGCACUCUGGUCCAGGGCAUGGAGGAAACUUUCAUUGACUCUGCGUCCGCUGGCAUCAAGCUUCUCCAGGAAGGGAGCCACAAGCGCCAUGUUGCUGCCACCAAAUGCAACGAUCUCAGUUCCCGAAGUCACACGGUGUUCACCAUUACCGUAAUGACGAAACGAACAACGGAGUCUGGCGAUGAGUACGUAAGUUUUGGGAAGUUGAACUUGGUUGAUCUGGCUGGUAGCGAAAACAUCCAGCGCAGUGGCGCUGAGAACAAGCGUGCGGCGGAAGCCGGCCUCAUCAACAAGAGCUUGCUUACUUUGGGCCGGGUGAUCAAUGCUUUGGUCGAUAAAAGCCCUCACAUACCUUACAGAGAGUCGAAGCUCACUCGUCUCUUGCAAGAUUCCCUCGGCGGCAAAACAAAGACAUGCAUUAUUGCUACGAUCUCGCCAUCGCGCAGCAACUUGGAAGAAACCAUUUCCACCCUGGAUUACGCAUUCCGAGCCAAGAACAUUCGCAACAAACCACAAAUCAACUCGACUAUGCCAAAGAAGACUCUGCUGCGGGAAUUCACAGCUGAGAUCGAAAAACUAAAGGGCGAGCUGAUUGCAACGAGGCAUCGGAAUGGUGUUUACAUGAGUGUUGAUGCAUGGGAAGAGAUGACUAUGGAGAGUGAGUCUCGAAGGAUUGUCAGCGAAGAACAGCGCGCAAAGAUCGAGUCCAUGGAGUCUAGCUUGCGGCACAAGGUCCAGGAACUCUUCUCUCUCACAAGCAAUUUCAACGACCUCAAAAAGAACAAUGAAGAAACACGAAAUGCUCUGAAGAAAACGAACGACGUUCUUGAACAGACUGAGAUCGUGCUUAAGAAUACCAAAUCGCAACUCGAAGAAGAGGAGAUCCUCCGCAAGGCGCACGAGGAUACGGAGGCCCAUCUUCGUGACAUUGGAGCUGGUCUUCUUUCCACCCUGGAUACGACGGUCGAGGACAUCAACGGACUUCACGCAAAGAUUCAAAGGAAAACUGAUUUGGACUCCACCAACAAGGAAGCUUGGCAGAUGUCUGCAGCUGAAGUUACCGACGUGACCCAGGUAGUCGAUUCCAGACUCGAAGAUUUCCAGGUGCAACAUUCCGAGCUGGUUGAGGCCAUGUCGAACAAAAUCAACGAGUUCGUUACAACGGAGAUCGGAAAUAUCGAGUUGAACAAGUCGCAGCUGCUGGGAGCCAACGAUCUGUUCGACAGGGCGGAGCGUGAGGCCCAAUCUCAGACAUGCGCUGCCCACGAUGAGAUGAACGAAGUGCUCGAAGAGAUCAAAGUGUUGCGGGAAGAGGUUAAGGCUAAAGUUGGCGAAGGCCUCAAUGGUCUCUCUGCCGCAGCUGCUCGCAUCUCCAAGGAGGUGAUUGGCGAAUUUGCAGACUUCAAUGCUCAACUCCAUGCCUCCUACAGCACCCUUGGAAGGGACCUCAAAUCUGUAUUCGAGAAUAUGGUGGCUCAUCUCAAUGGCCAAAAGACGGAAAUCAAUAAACUGAGGCUGGAACUUCAGGAAGCGAACCUCAGAGCCGUCGACGCGAACCGCAAAGUCUCAUCGCACUUGGCACAGACCCUGGAAGAGGAGAAUGCAAAUGCGGAAGCCGAGCGCGAUCUCUUGCUUUCACAGGUGAAGUCGCUCAUUGAGGAGUCCCGUCAAAGACAGUGUAGCCGUCUCAAGGGCAAGAUCGACACCAUGCGCACUGAUCUUUCUGCUUCGGGUGAUUCUCUGGAGCAUGCGACCGCUCAUUAUGACCGCCAGGUUGACGAGUGGGUGUUCAAAUCAGAGCAGUUUGCAAAGGAUGUGACCGCUUCUAAGGAUGAGAUGAAGACCAAGAUGCAGAGUGACUGGGAGAUUUUCGACCAACGCAACGCAUCCAUCCACAAGACGACCGAGUCGGUGCAUGAGGAGACUGUCCGGAUUGUUGAUGCUCAGAUGAAGAAUAUGAGCAAGCAAAUGGAAGCUUUGGAUGAUUUUGUUGCAAAGGCACGCUCUCAGAACGGUCUUUACCGGGACGCCCAUCUCUCCAGCCUCCAGAACAUGUCUUCCAGCGUCCAUCAGUCGUACGACUCGGUGAACACGCAGUUGUCGGACUUGGGCGGUCGUCUCCAGGAGCUGCAGGAAGGGGCCAUGCAGCCGCAGAUUAGUCUUCAGGAGUCUGCCAUUCCACUGGCAGACGACGUGAGGAAACCGCUCUUGGAGCUUCGCGAAAGCAUCCAACGCCGAGCAUUUGCAGAGUACGUCGCGACUGGCACCACCCCCAAGAAGCGCCAUUAUGAUUACCCGGCGGAUUUACCCCGGACUGAGGCCCAUGACAACAUCAAAUCCCGGAUAAGGACUUCCAGAGAAUUUACGGCCCUUCCUUUCAGUGGGGAAGAACAUAUCUCUGUGCUUGAUAGCUCCCCUGCCACCACACCGGCCAAAGGCUUCGUUUUCCAUGAUACCGAGGACGAGGUAGGAUCUCUACCACCCAAGACCACCGUCACUCCGUCCAACACGGGCCUUAGGGAAGUCGAUGCAAACGUCGUUGCCAAACCACUCGUGCCUAGUACGGCGGAUGACAAGGCGACACGCAAGUCCUCCGUUGUGACUGUGGAAACGGAGUGUGAUGAUGUCGAGCAGCCACCUCCUAAGAGACGUUGUUCGAGCACCACGACGAGUGACGCCAAACUGCCCAAAAAGUUACUCUCUCGGAAGAUGGCCGGAAUCAUGGAGGGACCCGAAAACGUAUCCCCUGUGGAAACUCCGAGCGGCCGAAGACUCAGACGUCGGCCUUCCCCCUGAUCUUAUCAUUGUUUACUCUGUUCGAGCGUACGGAAGCACGCUGUCCGCUUGCACCUUGCGGCAGGCGUUUUGAGAUACCCCUGGUCUUGGCUAAGAUAAAUCUGGAGACGGUAUUCGAUUGUUUUGUUUUGCAUGUGUCUGCUUUUGAUUGGAGUAUUUUUAUGUGCGGGCUCUUCGGUGCCUGGCGUUCUGCAACUUGUAUAGGUUUCUAGCGGGAUGAACGAUUACCCGG